AUGCUUUUUUUUAAGAAAUAUACAGUGUUUGUAUUAUUUAGCAGCUUACUUAUUAUUCUUUUCAAUAUAAAUAAAAAAUUUUGUUAUGCAAAAUAUAUAAAAAACAGAUAUAUAUAUAUAGAUAAAUUUUAUUUAUUAGAUAAAAAUAUUAAGACUGAUAGAUAUAUAAAAAAUGUGUUUCAUUUAGACAAACAUUUAUACGGAUUUAUCAAAAACGAUCACUUUAAUAUAAAAAUUUUUAAAUUAUUAAAUGUAGUUAAAAAAAAUAAUAAAAUUCACAUAAAAAAGAUUAAAAAAGAUAAAAUUAAUGAAGAAUUCAGAAAUGAAAAUGUAAAUGAAAUUAAUGACAAAGAUAAAAAUGAAAAUGUAAAUGAAAUUAAUGACAAAGAUAAAAAUGAAAAUAAAAUUAUUAACGACAAUUCAAAUAUAAACAAUAAUGAAAUUAAAAGUAAAAGAAAAAUAAUAAAAAAAGAUAUAUAUGGAUUACCAACAGAAGAAUUAAAAGUUUUGAGAUUACCUAAUAGUAAAAUAAAAACGAAAUAUAAAUAUUGCAAAAUAAAGAAAUACAGUGAAACAAUAAAUAUAAAUUAUAAAAAAAAAAAAAUUUUAAGUAUUCAUGAAGGAAAACUUAAAAACAAAAAAAUAUAUUCUCCAGAUACCUACACUAGACCUGUUAUGAGUAAAGUUAAAGAAUCCAUAUUUAAUGUUUUAACUCAUCUUGGGAUAUUCAAUUGUUAUAAUAUAAAUGUAAUUGAUGUAUUUAGUGGUAGUGGAAAUUUAGGUAUUGAAUGUAUUUCUAGAAAUGCCAGAAAUGUUACUUUUGUUGAUUUAUCUAUUAAUUCUUGUAGAACUAUUUAUGAGAAUUUGAAAUUAUGCAAUUUGAGUCAUUUAGGUAAUAGAAUAAUACGAUCAGAUGCUAUUGAAUUAUUAAAAAAUCCUUUUAAAUUUGAUUUACAAGAUAAAUUUCAUUUGGCAUUUUUUACUCCACCUUAUGAGCAGAUAAUUUAUAGUGAUUUAAUUCAUAGCAUAUCAAAAAGUCAACUUUUUCAUAAUGAUUGUCUUAUUUUUAUAGAAUACCCAAAAGAAAUAGAAUUAUUACCUCAAAAAAUUGAUAAUUUAAUCGGUUUAAGAAAUAGAAAAUUUGGUAGAACUUAUUAUUCACUAUAUGUUCUAAAUAGUACAGGUAAAUAUAUCGCAAAUGAAAAAAAAAAUGAAUUUUAUCCAUUACAUUAUAAUCGUAAACAACGUAGACAAGAAAAAUAUAUUUAG